GCAAUGUUACCCUGAGCAGUGCCGUCAGUAUAGCUGGGCCGGCCCUGGCCGGGCCUCUGAUGGACGGAUGGGGGGGGGACUUGCUGGCAGCGGGAGGGGCAGCAGUAGCAGGAGGGGCAGGAGGACUGAUGGCAGUGGCAGCAGGAGCAGCAGGGCCAGCAGGCAACGCCAGCCGGCAUGUGCUGCAGGCAUGUGGGGAUCCCGGGAGCCCGCCGUGUGUGUCGCUGGCGUGGCAGGUGCCGCAGUACGUGAUCAUGACGGCGGGGGAGAUCCUCUUCAGCAUCACGGGCCUCGAGCUCGCGUACUCUCAAGCGCCCGCCAGCAUGACUGCUGUCGUCACUGCCUUCUGGUGCCUCACCGUGGCUGGAGGCAAUCUCUUCACAGCAGUGGUGGUCGGCACAGUGGGCUCGCAUCUCUCCCAAACCCAGGAGUUUUUCUUCUUCACGGCCAUGUGUCUGCUCUCCACCGCGCUGCUGCUGUACGUGGGCAAGGGCUUCAUCUACGUAGAGAGCUGCCAGGACGUGCCGCAGGCAGACUCAGACCCAUACUCGCAGAACCACGGUUUUGGUGGAGUUGGAGGGGUUGGUGGUGGGAUCGGGAGUGGUGAGGGGCAUAGUGCCCCGCUGCCUGUGCCUGGUGGGUCGGGUGUGCGGCAAGAUCGGCUGUUUGACAUUGAAGGGGUUAGCAGUGUGAUGUCGCCACCUGCUUCGUACACUGACACCCCUACGUGAAGCUGGAUUGGUGGUGGCUGAGUAGAUUACCAGGAAAUACUGAUUGUUGGAUGGAUAGGGCUUGAUAUGUGAAUUAGCUAACAGUUAUCGUGUACAGGAAUUGUCGUUUGUUUGCAUGCUUUCGAAUCAAUGUACAAUGUAUGU